AUGAAUUACAUCAUCACGGAACAGAUGGCUAACGAAAUGUCUUCACGUGGCCUUAAUGGGUCAAUGUCUAAGGAAGGUAGUCAGUCAACGAGUGAUGCUUCCGCGAGGUCCCUUGCGGAGGCUUACACCCAGGCUCAAUCUGACGCAUUAACUGCGGAAUUCACAUGCCCUGAUGUAGUAGUAACAGGUAAUCGGGGUUACACCUUGAUGCCAGAUCAUUUUACUGUUUUAUCCGGGCGAAUGGAUAUUGGUUACUUUGGUAACCGUGAAUUGCCCCCUUUGCCUGGAAUAGGAUAUUCUGCAGUUUGCAGCGAACAUUUGAAGUUUUGUGCUAUGGAUGCCCCCUUCGUCUGUGAUAGUAUGUACACGGGAUACAUGAAUGGUAACCGUAUGCAAGAUGUUGUUGCAAGGUACCAUUUAGAUGCCGUGGUGAAGCCCCCUGAGCUUACAACGGAUAAGAAAAAGAUUCAAAGUAUGUAUGAUGAGAUAAGUGCAUUGGAACUUCGUAUGAAUGAGGCGGCUCGUAAACCGUGCCGUGGUGGUGUUAGUCGUGUGGUACAAGGCGGUAAGGUCUUAUUGGGUGUGGACCGUGAAGAAAUACCAUUUUGUUUCAUCGAAGGUGCCCCGGAGAACAGGGUGUGGAAACGUAUCAUACCUAAAGUGGAGCAGUAUUUGGAUGUCCAUAGUCUUUUAAUGUUGCGUCAGACCUGCGUUGUUCUGAAUAGGCAUAAGUACGCUUUGAACACUAACAAUGAGUUAUGUUUUCGUGGUUUUAGGGGUUACAACAUGGAUGUUGUUGUCAAGAAGGUUUUACCUUUGGCUAGCAAGGCGUUGAACAUUACGGAGGACGCCGCUUUGGUAUUUGAUUUCAGUCAAUGUUACAACUUCAAGGACAUCUCUGUUGUACAACUCUUAUCUAAUCAGGCGAAGCUUAACAACAAAUUUACUGUGCGUAUGCGUUGUAAAAAUAUGAGGGCACUGGUAUUGGACUACUGUAACCAGAUCACUGACAAUGCGCUUGAGAUUUUGCUUGCUACUAAAUUACCGAACCUCGAAAAGCUUAGCAUUGUUUGUUGUCGAAAUGAGAAUUUGACUGGUAAACCUUUCAUUAUCGGUCUUUCAUCUGAUUUGUGGCCUCGUUUUACUAAAUUUAACUGUAGUUUCAGCAACAUAACAUUGGAUGCGAUUGAGGCGGUUGCUCGUUUUAUUCAUAAUACAGCGAGUAAUCUAGAUGGCGAUACUUUGGAUGGUCGUCUUGCAAGUAUCUCAUUAGGCUACACGGUCUCUACGGACAGUUGGAGCGACAGCGGUAACCGUUUUGCACAACCCUCACUGUCUGCUAAACCGCGUACUAAUGAGCUUGAAUGUAGUUCUUCUGCCGGGCAGCCAGCUCCUAAUGCAGUAUGUCAACUUGAAAUUUCAGGUUGUCGCGGUAGUCGUCGAUUCCUUGAGAAGCAUGGUUUUGGUACUGAGUUAGUGGCAUUUGCUUCUGCGGUAAAAACGAAGACUACAAAGUUAUGUGCUACGCUUUCUCGUCGUGUCCAAAAUCAAUUGGAGGAAUCAGCAAAUGGUGAUAGUGAGGAUCAAGACCCUUGUUUACGUUUAUUGAUGCAUCGCGGUAGUGAGCUUUUGGUAAAUUGUCCAAUAGUUGAAUACGACCCUCAUAGUGGUACGGAUGUCUGGACUUUGCCGAUCUCUAUAGCUAUUCAUAACGACGACAUCUUGACUUGCAACUUGUUGAUCCGUCGCGGUGCUCGUAUAAACAUUUGGGACUAUUGUGGUAAGAGUCCUUUAUACAAGGCUUGUGAAUUGGGUCGUGUUGGUUUAGCAAAAUUGUUUUUGAAGAUGGAGCACGCCCCUGUAUCUGCGGAGAACACUGACCUUUCUCCAAUAUCUGCUUGCGUGAGGCGUGGUAACACGGAGUUGUUGUCUCGGCUCCUCAAAGUGGGAGUUCAGCUCAACACUCGUUUUCCUCAUAUUCGAAGUUUCAAGUCCCCUCUUUACAUUGCUUGUGAGUACAAGAGUGAUGAAUGUAUACGUAUGUUACUUGAGAAUGGUGCUGAUCCGAAUUGGUGUUAUCAUGGUCGAGUUAGUACUACUAUGCUUGCUUACAGUAACGACAGUAAGUGGUUACCUGUUUUUGUCAAGUAUGGUGCUGGUCGUCCAGCUAACAAAAGGUUUGUGUUAACUGAUGUAUUGAGUUGCGCAAUAAUGCGUGAUGAUUUAGAUUCGGUGAUAGUAUUGGUUGAUUCCUAUCCCGAUCUUCUGAACCGUGAGCAUGCCAUUUGGUCUAGUCCUAUAGCUCAGGCCGCUCGUCUUGGUAAAUACGCUAUUUUGGAGGCAUUGAUUGACCGUGGUGCCAGCAUAAACCAGCUGGACAUCCGUCGUAUGAAUGCGGUACAUAUAGCGUGUGAGGAAGGUCGUGUGGAAUGUUUGAAUCUUUUGUUAAGUCGUAAAGCCAAUAAGAACGAGCAAGAUUCUCGCGGUCGUACUCCGCUUUACCUUGCAGUGUUGGAGAAUAAGAAGGAUGCGGUGCUUGCGUUGUUGCGUCACGACUGUGACCCUAAUAUAGCUGAGUUCAGCAACGGUGAGACCCCGCUUAUGGCUGCUCUUCGUACCCGUAACGAGGAUAUAGCUCAGCUGAUUAUCGAGAAUGCUGGUCUUCUGAGAUUGGACGUAGCUGACAAGUUGGGUCGUAGUGCGUGUAUCUAUGCGUUAUAUUUUGAGCGCAUAUGUACUGGUGAGUUGAUAUUGCGUAAGUGUGCGCUUCAAGGGUUACAAGCGUCAUCUACUGAGAUUCGUUGGUUCAAUGCGGUAUUACGUGAUCGUCUGAAAUCAAGUUGUGUUCGUCGUCAGGACCUUCGUCGUUUUGCAAAUCACUAUCGCCGUUUGAAUUCUGCUGCUAUGCGAGAGAGCGGGAUAGGUUUUGUUCUUAAGAAGCGUUGGCAUUUAUUUAACCGUUUGGUUCGAAAGUUCAGGGGAUCUGAGGCCAAAGCCAAGCUUGCCUCUGAGAAGCGCGAGGCUCAGGAGCGUAAGGCUCGUAAGAAGCUAUUGAAGUCAUCCAAAGAAUGUGACAUUAGCCAACUACUGAAACGUUAUCGUUAUACAUCUAGUUCUACGGAUAAGGGUAAGCUGGUCGAAUGUGUUGGUGGUCGUCCGUCUCCACGUGCGAGUGCGACUUUUACGUGUAUCCCAGGGAGUGACGUUGCUAUCCUCUUUGGCGGUGAAUUUUACGAUGGUGUCCAAGUUGAGGUUUCCAAUGAUGCUUUUAUCUACAACCCUGGGAAGAACGAAUGGCGUCUUGUAGAGACCGUCUGCAAGCCACCUCCACGAUGUGCGCAUCAAGCUACUAUUUUCAACAACUACCUUUACAUUUUUGGGGGUGAAUACAGUACCCUUAAUCAGUUCCAUCACUUCAAUGACAUGCACCGAUUAUGUUUAAAAUCUUAUACCUGGGAACCUGUUCAGGCUACUGGUCAGAUACCUACACCCCGUAGUGGUCAUCGUAUGGUCACAUGGAACGGUUACUGGGUUCUUUUUGGCGGUUUUCACGACACUAUUCGGGAGAUAACGUAUUAUAAUGAUCUCUAUCUGUUUUCGUUCAAGGAUCGUAUAUGGAAACGUGUAUGUCAGCGUAAAUUUCCCGGCGCUACACCCGAGCCUAGGGCGGCAUGCCUUAUGCUAGCUCCUAAGAACUCUAAUAAAGUGCUCGUGUUCGGUGGAUUUACCAAAACUAAGGAUACCAACAAGAACGUAUCAGGACAGUAUCAUCAGGAUUCGUGGCUUAUAAAUAUGGACUUGGCAUUGCAGCCAGACGUGCUGGUUUGGGAGAAGAUUAGUACUAAGGGCAAGCCUAGUUAUUCUAUCGGUUUCGGUUUCGCCAACUACAAAACGUUCGGUGUCGUAUUCGGUGGCGUCAGCGACACUGACUCCGGAGGGACUUCGCUGAAAUCUACUUUUUACAACAGCUGUUAUACUAUAAAUGUUGACCAGAAGAGAUGGUAUCCCUUAACUAUCGCCGAUAACGCAGUUGAUGAAGCAUUAGAGGAGGACACUCUUGCGCAGAAAAUGAGCGCUGUGUCUCUGUCUGCGAAUCCGCCUCCUAGGAUGAACCCUCAUGUUUUCGUUUGCGGGAGCGUAAUGUACGUGUAUGGCGGCAUAGUAGACCAAGGGUCUGUUGAGAUGACUCUAAGUGACAUGUGGUCGCUCGAUCUUGUGAAAAGGGAUGUCUGGAAAUGUGUGGACCAGGGUUAUAAUUUCAGGGAUAUAUACAAGGGUGAGUUUGAUAUUGACGAAGAUUCUUCUUCUGAAGAUGAGCUUGAUGAUGAGGAAGAUGUUAGUGAUGAGGAUGAGAUGGAUGACGAGAUGUUAACUGACGAAUCGAGUUCAGAAGACCUUGGAUCUGAUUAA